CGGCCGAGGGGCUGGGUCGGGUAUAUAAAUGGGGGCCGGGACCUUCUCCCCAUUGUUCAUCUCUGUGGACCGAGGGUAGCGGCAUCAGCUUGUGCGGUGACAGAACACACACCAUGGCAGACAAGCCCGAUCUUGGAGAAAUCGGCAGGUUUGACAAGUCCAAGCUGAAGAAGACGGAGACCAAAGAGAAGAACACACUGCCAACAAAAGAGACAAUCGAGCAAGAGAAACAAAACUGAAUUAUUUGUAUAAAACCACAUCUAAUGGCUUGAAGGAGAAAUGGUCUCGCCGGUGUUGGGAGACUGAAAUGCACUGUGAAAGAAGAGGUUAAUAACCAAACCUGUCUCGGACAAAGAAAUGCCAAAAG